GGGCUGGGGGAAUGAAGCGCCAGUCAGGUCUGCGCUGCAGACUGGAAAGCAAGCUCUCUCUCGGUUCCGUGCGUCUCACCUUGGAGCGGCCCGGCUCGGCCCGGCCCUGCCCCACUCCAUCCCAGCCUAUCUCAUCCGCUCCCAGCGCUGCAGGCGCAGCAGCCCAAGCCCAGAGCGCAGCGCAGCGCCCUGGGUGUGGGCCCCCGCAGCCUAGAAGCCGGAGCCCGAGCCCCAGCGGCUCCCUCUCUUCUUCCUUCGGAGCCCCAGCCUAGCCGCCAAGACGCCGCGCGCAGUGCUUCGGGUCAAAAAUGGGGCGGCUAAACUGGCCAAGCCGCCGGCGGCCGAGGCGCCCGGGGCCGGUCCUCCUGGGCUCUAUAUGGAGCGCUCUCAGAGCCGCCUUAGUCUGUCCGCCUCCUUCGAGGCGCUCGCCAUCUACUUCCCCUGCAUGAACUCCUUUGACGAAGAGGACGCUGAUGGAGAUGGCCGGAGACUAAAAGGAGCCAUCCAACGAAGCACAGAGACUGGCCUGGCCGUGGAGAUGCCCAGCCGGACUUUGCGUCAAGCCAGCCAUGAAUCCAUUGAGGACAGCAUGAACAGCUAUGGCUCUGAGGGCAAUCUUACCUAUGGAGGUGUGUGCCUGGCAUCUGAUGCUCAGUUCAGUGACUUCCUGGGCAGUAUGGGACCUGCGCAGUUUGUGGGACGUCAGACCUUAGCUACCACAUCUAUGGGAGAUGUGGAAAUUGGCUUGCAGGAAAGGAAUGGGCAGCUUGAAGUGGACAUCAUCCAAGCACGAGGUCUAACAGCCAAGCCAGGCUCCAAGACCUUGCCAGCGGCCUACAUCAAGGCUUACCUACUGGAAAAUGGGGUGUGCAUUGCCAAGAAGAAGACCAAAGUAGCUCGAAAGUCUCUGGAUCCCCUGUACAACCAGGUGCUCCUGUUCCCUGAGAGUCCUCAGGGCAAAGUAUUGCAGGUGAUCGUGUGGGGCAACUAUGGCCGGAUGGAACGCAAGCACUUCAUGGGAGUGGCAAGGGUGCUUCUGGAGGAGCUGGACUUGACCACCCUGGCCGUGGGUUGGUACAAGCUCUUCCCCACAUCAUCCAUGGUGGACCCUGCCACCGGCCCACUCCUGCGCCAGUCCUCUCAGCUGUCCCUGGAGAGCACGGUGGGGCCCUGCGGGGAGCGCUCGUAGUGGCUGAGCUCGGGGAGGGGCUGCCCAGGGACUAUGCCUGGAUCUGGAACUCCUGGCCCUUCGGAUGGAAGCAGACAGGGCUCCCUCCCAAGGAGGAGAGACCUACCCUGUGGGCUCCUCCCCAUCUCCUGUUUCGCCCCCUUCCCCACCCUGAGGCCUUCCCUCUCCUAGAGCAAUCGGCUUUACCUUUGACUGGGUCGCUUCCAGGCUCCCCCCCCCCCAGAUUCGGGAGCCGGCCUAUGGUUCAGCUUCUCCCUUUUUGUGUCCUCCUGGGAGCUAGUUGCCUGGAGCUGUCCCCACUACCCUAGGCCAAGGGGCCGCCUUCCCUACAGUGCCGAUCUACCAGCAAGUGUCUUUCUUGUGGCACUAGGCUCCGGUGGCUGUACACUCUGCCAGUCUGAGAGGAGCCCAGGGAGUUGCCAAGAAGGAUGGUGGAGUCAGCCAUUAGUCAGGACCACCUGGAUCCCGGGGAGGCCCCCGAGCCCGAGGCAGCCUGGAGAUGCUGCUCCUCAGUCGCCCAGGGCUUCUCUCCUCUCCACCAAGUACCUCCUGGGAGGCGGGUGUCCUCCUUGGCCGCCACACGCUGUUUGCACAGCUCUGGAUGUCAGGCCCGACCCACGGUGACUCAGGAUGCAGACGGUGCCUCCUUCCUACAUGGAAAAGAUCUCUCCCCAGGAGCAGGAGGCAAGGGUCUAAAUCCUGACUCAGCGCUCCUUUGUCCUGUGCAAGUCCUGACCCAUCACCUCCCUCCUCUGGACCUGUUUCCUCCUUGAAAAACGAGGUGUUUAACCUGGAUGAUCUCAAAGACAUUCCGCCACAGGAAGUGAGAAUGCCUUUAGUUAGUGCCCAAGAGCGGCUGCUGCCGCCCCCAUCUCCUCAUCCCAGGAAAGCCGCUGAGACUCCAGGGGACUGGCGGAGCUGGGCCGAACUGGCCUCGUCUCCUAAGUCUGAGUGCCACAAACAGAACCCGGUGGGCCCAAGGGGGUCAAGCCAGGAAGGCAGCAAGGGGGAGGAGUGAGGCCGGAGCGUGCCAGGGCAUUGCGUGCCAGCCCGGGAUCUGGGGCAGCCCUGUAGGAGGAGACUCCCGCAGUUUGGACUCUACGGGCCAUCUGGUCCAGCUGUUGCCUCUGGGAAGAUGGGAAUCUACCCUCUUUUUAGGGGUCUCUAGGGCCGGAGAACCUCAGUCUUACUUUUUAAAAACAUACACACAAAGCAACAACUUGAAACAGGUGAACUGAAAGCAAGAGUCAUUUUACAGGACUCUAGGAAAGCAAAUGGAAUGGAUGGGAGAAAAGAAAGGGCCCUUUCCCUCUUCCCUUCUUUCCCCUACCUCCAGCUGGCAUGUGGUGUCUUGGGGCUCCCAACACCAGGUCUGGCUCACUAGCCUGAUGCCCGACCCCAGUCGUGGGGUAACUUCAGGCAAACUGUUGCAUGCUGGGAAGGAACCCUUUUUAAUGAAGCACAUCGAGGGAGGGCCCCUCUUCCCUUCUGUCCUCAGUGCUGAGGCUACUCCCUCUUCACCUCCCCCAGCCCCAGCAUGGAGGGAGUAGUCUAGACUAGGGGAAACAUAGAAUCCGUCCCCAGUGUGUGUAUGCAGGGAGGGGGGGAAUGUGGGACAAAUGGGCCUGGCAGGGAAGUCAGACCCAAGUCUCUGUCUCACCCCCUUCUCCUCCCGAUGGUCCCAGAGGCAGCCGGCCUGUCUUUUCCUCCAGAACUUUGAGGAGCGAAAGGAGUCAGGAGGUGUUAAGAAAAUAGUUUCAUGGUCCUUGGGUGUGGCUGCUGGGGCUGGUCCCUUACAGGUUUUUUGUCCUUCUGGCUUCUUCCUUCUCUCCCACCCAGCUCAAAGAGGCUUUAGCUGGGGGCACAGAAUUACAUAGUGUUAGUUAUUCUUGUUAAUACUCUUCUUAUGAUUACACAUUUACAAAGCCCUCCUGGAUCACUGGCUGUGUUCUGACGCUGUUACCUGGCUAAGAACAGACCCAGGCACUUAGGAGUUGGUUUCCAAACCAAGGAUUUUUUGGGAGGGAAAUAGAGUGAAAAGUUCAAGGAAUGGUUUUAUAUUGGACUGGGAGGAAACAAUGGAAACAAUUCAACUUAUUGAGCUUCAAUUUUCCUCUUCUGUAAAAUUCACAAAUUGUACUGGAUCUCUAAGUUCUCUCCCACCAAAUCUUAAAUCCUAUGGUUUUUCUGGUCAGUCAUUUUUGAGGAUACUCCUGCAGUUGGAGUAGGAAGAGAAAGCCAGGCCCAGUUGUGAGGUAUUGGCCCCAAAUGUGGGUCUCAAGCCUCCUUCUCAACACCAAAGCCAGUGGAUCUGGGCUUCCCAAAGCCUGUGCUCUGAGGGUUUCUGGCUUCUGGUUUAUCUCUGCAGACAGAUUGGGGUAGGAGAGAGAGGGAAGAGAAUUUUCUAAUCCUGGGCUUAUGGGACAGAGGUGGAGUGGGGCUGCUUGGCCUUGCAGAAGAAGCCUUCAGCACUUCCCCAGGGUAGCUUCUGAAAUGAAGGGUAUCAUUGCAUCAUAGUAUGGGGGAAGGUCAGGAGAGGUUGGGUAUAGUAAGAAUCUUGAGGUUCUUUCUCGUUUUGUUGGUUAUUCUCUGUUAAUAACUGAUGCCAUCUCAUCCUGGGCUGGAGGUGGCUGGGGUUCUGGAACGCUUUGAUGACCAACUGGUCCCAGCACGUAAGGCUUCAAGGCCAGACCAAAGACCUGGGAACAGAAUGUGCCUGUGAUCUCAGGACCGGUCUAGCCAUGGGGAGAUGUUCCAGACAGCAGCAAUUCUCAAAAACACAGCUGUAAAGGGAUGCUGUGUGCUGUGAUUCCUGGCGGGAGCAGAAUAAUCAUUGAUCCCCGAUGCAUCGAAAUAGCAACGAUUGGAACCAGGAGAUUUCUCCUGGAAGCAUGUGCUCUUUGUACAGAUUGUGGCCCUUUUUUCCAAGGAAGAGAAGAGCCUCCUAAAGUUGCCAGCAAGAGAGUCCUGAGGCUGCAGAGGAGCCAAGCCUUUCCCUGGAGCACCAGAUAUUCUCCUCCUCUGGGGCUGAGGCAGGGGAAACACAGGAAAGGGAUUCCUGGUGGGUAGUGAAAGGGUCUCAUUGCUCUCCCCUCUAGACUUGAUGUUGGUGAAGAGAACUUGGCCAGUUUUUCCUCCCUUCUGUCUCCUACAAAGACAUGUUUUGUGAAAGAGACUGGGUAUGAAGCAAUAAUCCAUCCAGAGGUGGGGUGGGGGCCAUGGCCUCAGGACCCCCUCCUCCCGCUGCUUUUCUUGUUCCUUCUGUGAAAUAAGUGACCUCCUGAUGGGGUCUUGAGUUGUAUCCUUAUUCCCUGUCCCCGACCCCACCCCCAUUCCCACUAUUAAUGGUCCAUUCCUGUCAGUGUGUCCUGAGUGUGUUCUGUGCUGGGGUGUAUGUAGGGGUGGGGUGGGGUAGUAAACUUUUUGUUAAACUGUA